CUGGGAGUGCCCACCUCUUGCUUUGGUCCAAGUGUUGUGUUUCUGUGAGAAGCGAAACUUUCGCCUGCACAGCAGACCAAUUGGGCUUCUAGAAAGAUUGACAUAGACUCCAGUCUAUAGUUCUCUUCUCCAAAACAGUCUAGACUCAGCUGAGCGAUGGGGAAUUCUACGGGAUGCACUGUGGAUGACCUGCAGGCCGUUGAAAUGCAUCUUUGGUAUAAGAAGUUCAUGACUGAGUGUCCAUCUGGUCAGCUCACAUUGUAUGAGUUUAAACAGUUCUUUGGCCUCAAAGGUCUUGAUCUAGAAGCCAAUGCCUACAUAGAGCAGAUGUUCCGCACCUUUGACAUGAACAAGGAUGGCUACAUAGACUUUUUGGAGUAUGUGGCAGCUCUCAGUCUAGUAAUGAGAGGCAAGAUGGAGCACAAACUGAGGUGGUACUUCAGGCUUUAUGAUGUGGAUGGCAACGGCUGCAUAGACAGACACGAGCUCCUAAAUAUCAUCAAGGCCAUCCGCGCCAUUAAUGGCAGCGAGACGCAGGAAAUGAGCGCUGAGGAAUUCACAAACCAAGUGUUUGAUAGGAUUGAUAUCAAUGGAGAUGGUGAGCUCUCCCUGGAGGAGUUUGUAGCAGGGGCACGCAGUGACGAAGACUUCACGGAGGUGAUGAUGAAGAGUUUAGACCUCUCGCACAUAGUUGCCAUGAUCCAUAACCGGAGACGCAGUGUAUAAGAGCCUGUCUACAUUCACAUGUCUGAAUUUCCUGUUCUCUUUUAGAGUCUCACUGCAACAAUCAAAAGAGCAACACCCACUUAUCAAACUACACCAUCUUUAUGUUGUGGGUGAAUGAGACUUUCUAAUAAUACAAACACUUUAAAGCACAAGUGGUCAUUUUAAACAAACCAAGAGAUGUUAUUGGUGUGGGAUGUUUCACGUCUAAUAUACUAAAUGUUUCCCAAAAACAGCCUUCUCUCAAAGCAGAGAUCAGCUUCAUGGGAAAAGAGUCCUUCAUGGAAAAGAGUCAGCAUGAUUUAGACAAGUCCAUUUGUAGGGUUUUAUUAUCAUUUUAAAUUAUAUUUGGCCAAAAGAGAUUAAAACUAUGUACCUAUAUGUCCAUAAACAUUUUCAGUAUCAUGACUUUGGGUUAAAAUGUAUAUGAACGUAUAAAUGUAUAUGAAUGUGUAAUAUACAGUAUAUAUAUAUAUAUAUAUUAGGUGCUGUGUCUGGUACCCAUUUAAUUUCACCAUUUCAACCAUUUUAAUAACUUUUUAACUCUGAAGUUCACUUUAAUAGCCCUAUAUGCCAACAGAACCAUUUUUAAAAGUACAACAAAAAUCCACAGAUGAGGUUAUUAACUUCAUGUAUAGUAAUUAUACAAGAAUGAGAGAUAUUUCUUUUUAAAUUAGCUAAUUGAACGUAUAUAAAUGUAGCAUGUCAUACAGCAAGACUUGACAUUUCAUCACAGCUACCCUAAUAUAACCUAUACAAAGUCAAGAAUGUUUUCUUUAAAAGAUAUGAGCAUACUAGAUUUAAUAUUUGACAUAUUAGUCUCUACAGUGUAUGAGUGUGAAUGUGGCUUGUUGUACAUUUGCAUAUCUCUUCUACAGUUUCUUUGAAGCCGUAGUCACUUUAUGAAGGUGCCUUCUCUUUUAGGACUUCAGUAUUUAUUUUGGGCUUGUUCAUGAACUGCUUAUGCUUCCAUUUGUACAACUGUAAUAAACACUAUGCAUGAAAUAAUUAACUGCAUUUGCCGAAAUUACCCUUUGCCCCUGUGUCCCAAGUCCCCAUCUUUGUUUCAAACUACGUCAGUCUGUGAGAAUACAUGAGUCACAUUUUGAAGCCUUUUUAACGAUGGUUCUUUAGUUUCUAUGGCAACCGGAAUCUAUUACCACGGAGACCUUCUGAGUCAGACACAGCUUGCACCAGCUGCUUUUCAAAAGCGUUGUUAAGAGGCCGCUAUGCUAAAACAACUUAAAUUUCAAUCAGUCAUACUCCAAUGAACACAAUUGCUUUCUCCUUGUCUUCAUUUUGCAAUUGUUCUGGGUUUCUUUGUCCACCACUGAGAGGCUGACUGUUAUUCGAGGUUGCUUUGCCAUUUUGUUUCAACAUGAUAAGGAUGUAAUUUCAAAGCCGAGUUGUCCUUUGUGUUAAGUCUACAAGUAUACAAAUCUUUAAUAUAGAUAUAUCACUCUAUAUACAAAUUACAGAUCUUUAAGUAUGGUUGAAGAGAGAUGUGUAACAUCUGCAAUAGUGAUAUUACCAUGUGAUUUGCGAGAGAUGUGAUGUAAGCCAUCAUCAAGAGCAAUGCUGCAAAAAAAUGCAUCAAUAUCAAGAUCAACAGAUAAGACUAAAGCCUAUGUAUGUAAAUUGGAUAUAAAAAGUCUACACACCCCUAUUAAAAUGCCAGGUUUUUGUGAUGUAAAAGAAUGAGACAAAUAUAAAUCAUGUCAGAACGUUUGUGAACAAUUCAAUUGAAAAACAAACUGAAAUCUUCAUGGGGGGAAAAAAAAAAAUCAAAAACCUUACAAUAACCUGGUUGCAUAAGUGUGCACACCCUCUUAUAACUGGGGAUGUGGCUGUGUUCAGAAUUCAAACUCAUUUUAAAUAGAAGUCAUUACACACCUGCCAUCAUUUAAAGUGACUCUGAUUAAUCACAAAUAAAGUUCAGCUGUUCUAGUAGGAUUUUCCUGACAUUUUCUUAGUUGCAACUCAGAGCAAAAGCCAUGGUCUGCAGAGAACUUCCAAAGCAUCAGAGGGAUCUGAUUGUUGAAAGAUAUCAGUCAGGAGAAGGGUACAAAAUAAUUUCCAAAGCAUUAGAUAUACCAUGGAACACAGUGAAGACAUCAUCAAGUGGAGAAAAUAUGGAACAACAGAGACAUUACCAAGAACUGGACGUCCCUCCAAAAUUGAUGAAAAGACGAGAAGAAAACUGGUCAGGGAGGCUUCCAAGAGGCCUACAGCAACAUUAAAGGAACUGCAGGAAUUUCUGGCUAGUACUGGCUGUGUGCUACAUUGGACAACAAUCUCCCAUAUUCUUCAUAUGAAUGGGCUAUGGGGUAGGGUGGCAAGACAGAAGACUUUUCUUACAAAGAAAAACAUCCAAGCUCGGCUGAAGUUUGCAAAAACAAACAUCUCAUCUCAAGUCUCCCAAAAGCAUGUGGGAAAAUGUGUUAUGGUCUGAUGAAACCAAGGUUGAACUUUUUGGCCAUAAUUCCAAAAGGAAUGUUUGGUGCAAAAACAACACUGCACAUCACCCAAAGAACACCAUACCCAUACCCGCAUCAUGCUUUGGGGCUGUUUUUCUUCAGCUGGAACCGGGGCCUUAGUCAGGAUGGAGGGAAUUAUGAACAGUUCCAAAUACCAGGCAAUUUUGGCACAAAACCUUCAGGCGUCCGUUAGAAAGCUGAAGAUGAAUUUCACCUUUCAGCAUGACAACGACCCAAAGCACACAUCCAAAUCCACAAAAGCAUGGCUUCACCAGAAGAAGAUUAACGUUUUGGAAUGGCCCAGCCAGAGCCCAGAGCUGAAUCCAAUGGAACAUCUGUGGGGUGAUCUGAAGAGGGCUGUGCAGAGAUGUCCUCAAAAUCUGACAGAUGGAGCGCUUUUGCAAAGAAGAGUGAGCAAAUAUUGCCACGUCAAGAUGUGCCAUGCUAAUAGACUCCUACCCAAAAAGACUGAGUGCUAAAAUCAAAAGGUGCUUCAACAAAGUAUUAGUUUAAGGGUGUGCACACUUAUGCAACCAGGUUAUUGUGAGGGUUUUUUUUC